AUGCUGGAUCUUUUCAAACCUGUUUAUUACAGUCUAGAGAAGUCGGUGGCCGCCAAGUCUAUCCCAGCGGUUCACGAAAUACUUGGCCGCAAAAAGCUCGCCGAUUUUAACGACUCGACCUUGACUGGGACCGUGGACCAUUCCAAAUGGGAUGGUGUCUUGAAAAGGCAUGUUAAGAUGGACGGGACCGUGGACGGGAUAACCAACGUAAGCUUGGUCGAUUACAACGGCAUUUCUCAAGAUGUCGAAUUUGGGGCGUAUCUUAACAUUUUAGAACACACUGACGUCACAUCAUUGGCCCACGCUGAAGAACUCGCUUUUUGGAUUAAUGCCUACAACGCCUUGUGUAUCAACUUGGUUGUACAGCAUGAAAGGAUCCACCGUGAUUCUCCCCUUACAUCCAUCAACAAUCUUUCGGAGAAAGGCAAGCCUGUUUGGGACAAAAUCGCCGGCGUUGUAGGAGGGCAAGAGGUUAGUUUGAAUCACGUUGAGCAUGAGCGGCUACGUAAAGUUUGGGACGAGCCCGCUAUUCAUGGAUGCAUAGUUUGUGCGUCCGCCUCGUGUCCCAACCUUAGGGAUGAAGCCUUUGUUGCGUCCCAACUCAAGGAGCAGAUGAGGGAUCAGAUGAAAGAUUGGAUGAAUAACGACACAAAAGGCCUAAAAUUGUACCAGGUAAGAGGCGUCUUUGGGUUUGGUGGUGGAGGCAAUCGCCUGCAAGCUUCUCGUAUUUUCCUUUGGUUCAGUGAAGAUUUUGGUGGACUGGAGGCUCUCAAUAAAUGGAUUCCUCAGUUCGUUGCUGACGAUGGGAUGAAACAAUCGAUUAUCGAGGGCAGUCCAGCUGUACGCUUCUUUGAUUAUAGCUGGAAAAUCAACCGAGCACGUUGA